GUGGACCGGGAAUACUUCAUCAUGCAGAGUGAAUUCUACUGCGAACCGCCCGAGAUCAUGGAUAACGGACGCCCCUCCCCCGUUGUCGAAUUCUCGUACCCAAAUGCACUGGACGAGAGCCCCACAGCGGUCGUUUUCAAUGGCCACGAGGGUGCCGUGACGAUUGAGAACCCCCUCAAGGCCAAGUUGGACGAGACGGUGCGCAUCUACUUUGGCAAUGCGGGGCCCAACCUGACCAGUUCAUUCCACGUCAUUGGGAGUAAUUUCCACCGACUGUACCGCGAUGCCGACGUGCUCAGUCCGCCGGCGCGGUACGUCCAAACUACCAGUGUGCCCUCCGGUGGCGCGACGAUCGUCGACAUGAAGAUGACUGUGCCAGGCACAUAUACCAUUGUAGACCAUGCCAUAUUCCGCCUGGACAAGGGGGCUGUGGGGUAUUUAAAUGUGGCAGGGCCGCCUCGGCCGGACAUCUAUGAAAGUACCGAGGCACCGGCUCCGUGUGUCGGGUGUAAAUUGCACCCUUGAUUACGGUAGUGAUUCUGUAUAGGUAGUGCACAGUGCAUUUCUGUCAUCAAUCUGUCUGGGCCGCCCUGCGUGCACUCACACAUAACUGGAAUCAAUCAAGGGAGAGGGUCCCAUUACCAUACCGC